AUGUUCCGCUCCGCCAUUGUCCGCUCCCUCCGGGCCUCCGUCCCCCGUGCCGCCGUUAAGACCCCGGCUCCCUUCCAGAUCCGCAGCUCCCCCAUCGCUGCCCGUGCUCCUCAAUUCACUCCCUGCUUCAUCUCCCAGUCCGUCAGACUCUACUCCGCGCCUGCCGGUCUGAACAAGACUGAGGUUGAGGGCCGGAUAGUCAACCUGCUGAAGAACUUCGACAAGGUUUCCGAUGCUAGCAAGAUCAACGGUGUUUCCCACUUCUCCAAUGACCUCGGUCUGGACAGCCUGGACACCGUUGAGGUUGUGAUGGCCAUUGAGGAGGAGUUCAGCAUUGAGAUCCCCGACAAGGAGGCCGACCAGAUCCACAGUGUCGAGAAGGCCGUCGAGUACAUCCUGGCUCAGCCCGAUGCCCACUAA